CUAUAAAAUAAGGACACCCCAAAGCUCAUCUGUACAUCUCCUCUCCUGUGGGGUCAGUUGAAUAUCAAGAAAGGGUUAUCAACAAAGAAGAGGACUAAAGAAUGAUUUUCUCUGGAGUCAUGUUUUCUCUUAUGUUUCUGCUUUCUGACAAUGCUCAGUGCAGAAAAGUCGACGGCAAAUCUGAGUGCUGCUCUUUGGUGGAGGGCUUUCCUGUGAGGCUGAAGGAGCUCCGUUCGUCAUAUAAAGAAAUACAGAGUUUUUAUGAGUCAAAUGACGACUUGGAUGCGUUAUUAGACGAUACUGUGCAACACAACAUAAAUAGUCCUUACGGGUGUCAUGUCAUUAACGAGAUCCUGCGCUUCUACUUGGAGAGCGUUCUGCCUAAAGCUGUCAAGAAGAUCCACUUCAAAACACCCAUCGACUCCAUUGGAAAUAUAUUCCAGGAGCUCAAGAGGGAUAUGCUGAAAUGCAGGAAUUACUUUUCUUGUCAAAAGCCUUUUGAGAUCUCCAACAUAAAGAACUCGUAUGAAAAAUUAGACGGAAACGGUGUUAACAAAGCCAUUGGAGAGCUUGAUUUGCUGUUCAAUUACAUUGAACAAUAUCUGGCAUCAAAGAGAGUCAAGCACUAAUAGGAUGGACUCUGGAUUGGUCUGAAUACUCUGAUUAUGAAGAAUGCACAAUGAAAAACAAACCACAUAGGAUACAGACACAGAUAGCCAUAUGCAAAAUGACUUUAACUUAUUUAAUGCCUACACCUCACCAUCACACUACUUUAUGAUGUGCUGCAAUGCCUCUUUGAGUCUUCCGUUUCGGAAGUUCUGGAAAGUGUCACCAUGGCAAUGUUUUAGAUGAAACUAAAACUAUAAUUUUUUAUAUAUAAGUCACAUUGACCAGGGUGAUUCUGAAAAUGAGUUGCAUUUUGCCAGCUUAAUGAAACGACUUGAAAACUGCGUAUUUAUACAAAUGAUUUUGUGAACUUAAUUUAUUUUUUAUAUUUCUUGAAAUACUUCAACUUGAAUGUUAAUGUUACUGUACUUUUACUGAUGGCUUUUUACUGAUUACUGAUGGUUAUAUCAAAUUCUUUAAAGAAAAGUCAAUAAAUUAUUGCA